AGCGGUACUAUUUUUUAAAACCCGAAUUUCUAUAAAAUCCGAAACAAUCUACGGAAUUGUGAAGUUUGUAAAUCUGUACAAAUUCUUCAUUAGAUAAAUAUAUUUUUAUAUAUUUUUUUGUUGUAUAUAUGCAUAUAUAUAUGUUAACUGUUUUAUAUUGAUCAGUGUAGCAGUCCAUUUAAAAAUGUCUCCUGUCACGUUUAGUAAAUAAGGUUAUUUUAUGAAGUGUGGAAAAGCACGUUCUUUAUUUAUUAAAUAAAAACAACAUUACAUGCUAUGAAUUUACAAUAGAUAACGACACGAUGAACACUGCACACAUUAAUUUGUUACCUUUACUUGAAUCUUCUUUUACCGAAGGAAACUGGAACGAAUUGUCAAACAUUCUUAACCCUAAAUUAUUUACAGCUGUUGAUUCAGAGGACUUAAUUGCUUUACCUGUCCUAGCCAAAGUAGCACAGAUCCUUACAACGGAGGAUUCUGUUGUUCCUAAUAAUAUAAAAAUUACUUGCUUAAAAUGUUUAGGAAAUUCUUGUUUCAAUAGUUACAUACAUAAAGAGUAUACAUCAAAUUAUGUUGAAAGGGGAAAACACUGUAACAAGUUGUACCUUGCUUUAGCAUCAAAUUAUGAAAAUUUAAAGGAAAUUUUUAAUUUAUAUUCUUUUGAUGCACACUUUCCAUAUGAAGGUGUUAUUGAGUGGACAUUAAAUUUUAUUAAAACUUGUAAAAUUAAUGAAUUGUCAGAUGAGGAGAUUGAAAUUUUAAGGCUAAGCGUUCAGUUUUUGUGUAAUUUAUUUACGUUUGCAUAUAAGGGAACUACUUUCCCAGAUCAAUACGACAUACCUCAGUAUCUAUAUGAUAUUCGCUUGAAAAGCAUAAUAAUAAAUCUAAUUCACUGUGAUCAUGUUCCUCUUGUAAGAGCUUCGUGUAUGUUUAUACACAAUGCUCUCAAAAAAUUUGAAGGAAAGAACUUCACAGAGCAAGAGAAAGCCCAAUUGUGCUCACGGUUAUUAAAACCAAUUAAAGAAGGUCUUGAAAGUGCGAAGGAGACUCUACUGGUUUUACUGUGUCAAACAAAUAUAUUACACAAUACAUACGAUGAUAUGACUAUCGAGGAUAAACUGUAUUUGUUAGAAAUAAUUUACAAUGAACUCUCAAAGUCGGUAUACCAAUCCAAAGAGAAGUCUGUAUUUACCAGAGAGACUAUUCAAUUUUUAAUUGAAAGAUUUUGCAAAAUAAGUGAUUUAAUUUUGAAACUAUCUGAUGGCGAUGUUGAUAAAAUGGAACCUACAGAAGUGGUGAUUCUACUUGAUAUUGUUGGAAUCUUAACCUGUGAAUCAUCCCAGGAAUACAGCUUUUUAAAGAGCUACAGAAGUCUACUUGUCAAUUGUACUUAUCUACUGAAAUCUAUGCAAGCCAUUGGAAAACAGUCUAACAAUUACUUUACACCACUACAAAAACUUAGCGAUCUAGCACCAGUUGGAGGUGAAAGUGAAUCUAAAACUGACACAUCAAAGACUGAUAUUCAUAGUCAUCCUGCCUUUGGUUUUAAAGCUGGCUUAAUUAGAAUUAUUGGGAACAUGGCAUACAAGAAUAAAGAGUAUCAAGAUUUUCUUCGCGAAAUGGACGCCUUGCCUCUGCUCCUGGACUGCUGCAAUAUAGACGCGAAGAAUCCACUUAUAAUGCAAUGGACGAUACUGGCUCUGCGGAAUUUAUGCGAGAACAAUCUUGAAAAUCAAGAGAUCAUCCAGAAUUGCACGAGAGUAGGAAUCGUGGAGAGCAGCGUGCUGCAGGAGAUGGGUUUGACUUUGAACGAGGACGAAGAAGGAAAGAAAAUCGGUAUCAUACCUCUGCCUCGCGAUUAAAUCCACGAACAGAGACUAUGAUGUGGAAAAUACGACUGAUGCUUUUAUUUUUUUUUCGACUUAUUAUUUAUCUUGGAGAUGGUGCGAUGUUAUACGUGUGUUGCGAGGCUGGGUCACAUAAUUAAUAUAUUUUGUCUUCGUUUAAUCCUAGAGCAGGCAUUGUUUUAAUAAAUACGAGAACUUCUAAAUUUUCGAAUUUAUAUCCUUCAAAAUUUAAAAAUUGUUUAAAUGAAAUUCUUCGGUGAAAGUUAAUAUUUAUGAGCAUCAGUAUUUUGUAGUUGUCAGAUUUGUGAAUUUUGACAUUCAGAAAUUUUCAAAUUUGAAAAGUUUUGAGGUGAAGAAUUUGCUGAUUUGCAAAUUAGAAAUUGAAAAAUUUUUAGGUUUUUUGACUUAAAAAUAGUUGAGUAUUGAAAUUAAGGAUAUUGAAAUUGUUUAAUUUCAAAUAUUGAAACUUACAAAUGCUGCACAGAAGGAACUCUUCCUAUAUUGCCAAUUUCAAUAAUUUGCGAUUGUACUAUUUAUGGCGAAAUAACAAGAGUCUACUACACAUACUAACAUAAUGAAAGCUAAACUAUUUUCAAUCAGAUAAUUAACGAAAAAUAUUAUAUCAGAAUAAUCAGAAAAAAGAUAAUAAACAUUGCAAAUUAAAUGUAAUGCAAAUGAGUAAAUAAUGCAAUAUAUAAUUACUGUAGUGGUCUGUGAAACCACAUAUGCUCACUCUAGGGUUAUUGAGAAAGUAAUAUUAUUUUUAACAGUAAUGUUUUUAAUACUGUCGAUUUUUAAUUAUUUUUUAUCGAAACCAACGAACGAUACUAGUUCCUUUUUUGUGAUAUUUCAUUCAUGUGCAUUCAUUGCUUUCAAAUUUAUAAUUAAAUUAAUUAUUGCAUUUCAUUGUUAUGUCGCAUAAAAAUAUAUUUACAUAUGUUUUCUAAGUUUUAUUAGUACGUUUUUUGAUAAUUGUGGGAAAGUUUUUUCAUUUUGUGAUGUUAAA